AUGGCUAAAGUCCCCCGAAAUUUCCGCCUUCUAGAGGAGCUAGAAAAGGGAGAGAAGGGCUUAGGAGCUGAGGCUUGCUCCUAUGGCUUAGAUAAUCCCGAAGACCUACUGAUGUCUGAUUGGAACGGUACCAUUCUUGGACCUCCCCACAGCGUACAUGAGAAUCGAAUCUACUCCGUCAAGAUGCACUGCGGUGAUCAGUAUCCCGACACGCCUCCCACGAUUCAGUUCGUCAGUCAAGUCAAUCUGCCCUGUGUCAACCAGAAGAAUGGAAUGGUAGAUCCGAACCAGUUGCCUUGUUUGGCCCAUUGGAAAAGGGAGAACACCAUGGAGACUAUCCUGAUCGAGCUCCGAAGAUACAUGGCAUCCGGCCCGUGCAAGAAGCUCCCUCAGCCGCCUGAGGGAUCAGUAUACUCCGGCAAUUAG